AUGUCCGACCCAGAUGCACCACACGAUGACACUUCCCCAUGCGACCUCAAACGCGAAGCAGUGACGGCAGCUCGCCGACAGGGAAAUCUUGAGACCAUACGCAAGCAGCCCGGCUGGUCAGACUUCCCUUCCUGCAUACCGAUUUCGAUGCGAACAACCAAAAGCGGCAAAGUGACUGAGUUCGGAAAUACCAAACUUCGCAUCAUUGAACGCAUCGCUGUAUCUACAGACUUCGAUAAUGCAUUGGACUUCCUCAAAAGCUCGACAAAGGGAGACGAAAGGUUACUGAGUCUCAAGGAUCUGGAACAAUGUGCCGCACGAUUUGACGCGGGCAAGAAGGGAAGACAUCAGUCGGGGGACCGGGGAGGUUCGAGUUCAGCGCCAACGAGCACUGCGGUGAGCCAGGCUGACGAGAGUGAGCCAAGCUACCAGUCCAUGGCGCAACCUCUCGACUCCUGGAAUGGCUUCACUCUUGAUGCCAGUCCAAUGCCUUUGCAGACUGGAUCUUCCUUUGCAGCUCCGCUCAAACGCCCAAGUCCUGAAGCUUUCCAGAACAUGUCUGUAUCCCCGAUAGAUACCAAACGACCUCGAAUGGACACUCUCUUCGAUACUCAGCAUGCGGAGUUUCCAUUCCACAUGCCUGAACUGGAGUCCAACAACACGACAAAUCUCGCCGUUCCCCAGAGUUAUCAUCAGCAGAGCAGUCCAAACAUGCGAGCAUCACCAGGUAUUCCGCUACCACGCUCACCAUCUCAGGAUCCCGCGAGAGCAUUGUUGAGCAUACAUCCGCACGCUGGAAGCAUCUUUUCAAACCUCAACACAGCAUUCGACGACCUGCUCGCUCGGAUAGAAGACCAUCAACAGAUUGUCAAAACUGCGCUUGACCAAUACCGAAUGGCCACGAAUGGUCUUAGCGUUGUGUCUGGAUCUGGGACAAGCGCUGGUGACCGUGACUUGGAAGCUGCGCUGAGGACAGCACAGAGGAAAGAGGUACGCGCUCGUCACGAUCUGGAACAAGCAAGGUCCGCAAGAGAUGUGAUCGAUAUAGAGUAUGGCCAUGUCGGGACAUCGCUAUCCCGUGCGCUGGUGGAUACUGUACGAGCCGAGUACUCUCGGGCAGGAGUGGCCAUGACGAGGGCUCAAGCAGAUGUCGAGGCUGCCAGGCAAAGACUGAGCAGUGCACAAAAUCGAGAGCAGGUCCUGAAACGAACGAAGGAUGUUGCGGAAGUCGGGAUCGAUCAACUACAACGACAAACCAGAUUUUGGCUGAAAAGAUUAGCAGAGGCAGGUGUCAAAUUGACGGAUCAAUUGAGCACUUUGCAGGGAAAUGAGACGGCGCAGCGGCCGUCACAAAUGUAG